CUACCACUACCACUACCACUACCACUACCACUACCACUACCACUACAACCGCCACCACUACUACCACCAUCACCACUACCACCACUACCACCUCAAUCACCACCACCAUGUUCUCCUGCGCCAACUACGAGCGAGGCUGCCGAGGCCGCUGCAACCGCCUCAACGACCGAUGCGACAGCUGCCACACGCUCAACCUCCAGGUCCGCAGCAGCAGCUCCUCAUCCGCAUCCUCGGCCAACAGCCUGCCAGCCGCCUACUCGGCCAUGACAAACUCCUUCGCAUCCCUCUCACAGCUCAGCAACUCGUCGGCAGCAGCCGCAGCAGCAACAACAUCAUCAAGGACAUCGUCCCAUGGCUCAGAGCAGGAAAUGCUCAACGACCACGACCACGACCACGAAGGCUGCAUGACGGCAAAGACGGGCCCGCAAAAAAGCGGUUAA